AUGCUGACAGGGGACUGCGGGGACCCUCAGGAAAAGCCACAGGUGACCCAGGACUCAGCUCCCCAGAGCAUGGGGCUUGAGGGACAAGAGACAGCUGGCCAGCCGCGAGUGACCCUGCUGCCCACACCCAACGGCAGCGGGCUGAGCCAGGAGUUUGAAAGCCACUGGCCAGAGAUCCCAGAGAGGUCCCCGUGUGUAGCUGGCGUCAUCCCUGUCAUCUACUACAGUGUCCUGCUGGGUCUGGGGCUGCCUGUCAGCCUCCUGACCGCAGUGGCCCUGGGCCGCCUUGCCACCAGGACCAGGAAGCCCUCCUACUACUACCUUCUGGCACUCACGGCCUCGGAUAUCAUCAUCCAGGUGGUCAUCGUGUUCGCGGGCUUCCUCCUGCAGGGAGCCUUGCUGGCCCGCCAGGUGCCCCAGGUUGUGGUGCGCAUGGCCAACAUCCUGGAGUUUGCUGCCAACCACGCCUCAGUCUGGAUCGCCAUCCUGCUCACGGUUGACCGCUACACUGCCCUGUGCCACCCCCUGCACCAUCGGGCCGCCUCGUCCCCAGGCCGGACCCGCCGGGCCAUUGCUGCUGUCCUGAGUGCUGCCCUGUUGACCGGCAUCCCCUUCUAUUGGUGGCUGGACGUGUGGAGAGACGCCGACUCACCCAGCACGCUGGACGAGGUCCUCAAGUGGGCUCACUUUCUCACUGUCUAUUUCAUCCCUUGUGGUGUGUUCCUGGUCACCAACUCGGCCAUCAUCCACCGUCUGCGGAGGAGGGGCCAGAGUGGGCUGCAGCCCCGGGUGGGCAAGAGCACAGCCAUCCUCUUGGGCAUCACCGCACUGUUCACCCUCCUGUGGGCGCCCCGGGUCUUCGUCAUGCUCUACCACAUGUAUGUGGCCCCUGUCCACCGCGACUGGAGGGUCCACCUGGCCUUGGAUGUGGCCAACAUGGUGGCCAUGCUCAACACGGCAGUCAACUUUGGCCUCUACUGCUUUGUCAGCAAGACUUUCCGGGUCACUGUCCGACAGGUCAUCCACGAUGCCUACCUGCCCUGCACUUUGGCAUCACAGCCAGAGGGCAUGGCGGCAAAGCCUGUGAUGGAGCCUCCGGGACUCCCCAAAGGGGCAGAAGUGUAG